GAUCAUACCGUAUUUUGUGGCCGUUACAAGUGGCUGCACGCCGCGACCGCUGCCGUCGCCGCCUCUGCCUGGCCUCCUACAGACACUUGCCACAAGAAAAUCGCUUUGGGUUUGCUUCUGUGUGCGUAUUGUUUUUGUAGGUGCUUACCUUAACGGUAUUUACAAGCGAUUUGCUGUGUAUAAAAUCAAUGUGCAGGAUAUUCAAAUGCUCAUUACUGAAUUCGCAGCAAACAUGAUCAAGUGCAACUUAGCAAAUACACUCGCUGUACCGCUACUUCUAUUGGCGCUCAGUUGUUCCACCACAAUUGGACGCCUUAAUAAACGCAGCGGCUACAUCUACAAGCAGCCAGCUGGACCACCGCAUGCCCCACAUGGAUUUUAUGAGAGUAGCAACACACUGCACCCACAUGAGUUGCCGUCCGGUCCGUCAGGUCCAUCUCAUGAGCCACCCAGCGGUCCAUAUUACGAGUACAAACCGUCGCUGCAGAGUGUGCAUUCUCAUGGAGGCGGCGGCGGCGGUGGCAAGUCCGGCUACAGCAUUGGAAGUGGUUUGCGUUCCAUCGCGCAAGGAUCGGCCAACCAGGCAUACACUGCGGUGGCCAAUCAACAUGCCGCGGCCAAACAGGCUGCUUUCAUAGCCAAAAACACUUUGGCACAGGCUGCCUCACAAGCAGCUGCCACGGCACAGGCAGCGCUGGCCGGCAAAAAGGUGAUUCUGCAGGAGUUGGAGCAACAGGCAGCCGAAUCGCAACGUUCCCUCUCACGUGAGCUGGAACAAUUGAAAUCCGCUAAGAUUGCCGCGCAGCUGGCUCAGCAAACGGCACAGUCUGCCAAUCAUCAUGUCUCUGUGCUGAUAGCGGCGGUGAAUAACGCAAAAUCGCUGGCUGAACAGGCCGAACAAGCUUCAAGUGAGGUGGCAAAUCAGUUGGCUUCGCAAUCGUCAAUGGUCGGUCAGGCAAAAAGUCGAGUGGAACAAGUGGAGGAGCAGCUGAAGCAGGCACGCAUCGAUUACGAGGCUACCAAGGAGGCGACACUGAAAGCCGCAUCUUCUGCCGCCGAAGCUCAGGUGAAUGCAUCCAAGGCGGGAGCGCACGCCACCAUCGGUUUGCACGAGAGUACCAAUCACAAUCCUCCAAGUGCGGAAGGCGAUGAUUCGUCGUAUGACAUAGAAACCACUGCGCACGGUCAAGAGAUACAGUAUGAGACACAUGACGACCAUAGGAAGAAAUAAUGGAGUUUAACAAUAAACAUGCAUGCGAUUAUUGCAGCAGCCAGUUAGGUUUAUUUGACCUUGAGCUAAACAUUUCUUAAUUAAGAUAAUAAAUAAAACAUACCAAA